AGUUACACGUAUUUAAAACGUCCUGGCUACAGUCUGACUACAGUCAGUCAGCAAAGUCGCUGUAUUCUUGUUUACAAUAGGUUACAAUGCAGUUGCAAAUAUGUACCACUAUUGCAACUCUAUUUAUUUCAUUUAUAGGCAUCCUUCUGCUCGUCAUCAACCUUGAAGACAUCAAAGAACCAGCUCAGCUCAUGUAUGGAAUAGUCCUGGAUGCUGGAUCUACUCAUACUUCCAUGUUCAUCUACAAAUGGCCAGCAGACAAGCAGAACGGUACCGGCAUAGUCAGUCAACACAGCGAGUGUCAUGUAAAGGGAGGUGGGAUCUCCAGUUAUGCAGGUGUCAGAGGAGGGGCAGCCCGUAGCCUUGCGGAAUGCAUGGAAAAGGCUAUGCAAGAGAUCCCAAAGUCGAGACACGAACUCACUCCUGUGUAUCUCGGGGCCACAGCAGGCAUGAGGCUACUGAACGUUUCUAAACCCAAAGAGUCAGAUGAGGUUUUGAAGGAAGUGGGAGACAAACUGAAGACCUACCCAUUCAGCUUCAAAGGUGCCACUAUUUUAAGUGGACAAGAGGAGGGAGCUUAUGGAUGGGUCACAGUCAACUACCUACUUGAAAAAUUUAUCAAGUAUGGUUUUGUGGGUCAGUGGCUGUCUCCGGGCAGAGACACUGUUGGUGCGCUGGACUUAGGUGGAGCUUCUACUCAGAUCACAUUUGUGACAGAACAAACAGUGGAGAACAAAGACAAUCUGAUGAAACUGAGGCUGUACGGACGAGACUAUAAGAUUUACACUCAGAGUUUUCUGUGUUAUGGCCGAGACCAGUUCUUACUCAAACUGCUGGCACAUCUGAUCACGACUCAGGGUUCAAACAGCUCCAUAGUGCAUCCUUGCUAUCCUGCAGAUUACGAGCAGUCCAUUAAGCUGUGCAGUGUCUUUGACACUCCAUGCAAUAAAAGACAAACUCCCUGUAAAUCUGAUGACAACCUGCAAAUAAAGGGCACUGGAAACUACAAUCAAUGCAUGGGAAACGUUUCUCAUCUCUUCUCUUUUAACCACUGUUCUUAUUCCAAAUGCUCCUUUGAUGGAGUCUUCCAGCCAAACAUAACUGGAAACUUUAUGGCAUUUUCUGCAUUUUUCUACACUCAUUUGUUCCUCCAAAGAGCUGCAGGCAUCACCAUCACAUCUAUAGCAGAUUUAGAGGAUGCUACCCGUGUCGUCUGCAACAUGAGCUUUCAGGAGAUGCAGAAUAUGUUUCCCGAUGAGGCAAAGCAUUUGAGGGAUUACUGUGCAGAUUCCAUUCUUCUGCGGGUUCUACUGAUCAAUGGAUAUGGCUUCAGUGAUCUCUCCUUCCCACACAUCUCCUUUCAGGGGAAAGCUGAAGACAACUCUGUUGGCUGGUUCCUUGGCUACAUGCUAAGUUUAAGCAAUUUGCUGCCUGCUGAAAAUGUGUUACUGAGAAAAGCACUGCGCCCAGAUGCCUGGCGUGCUGCUAUUUUCCUCUUUUCAGCCCUUCUUAUAGCUACUAUAUUUUUUCUGAUUCGAUCCUACCAAAAGAAUGCUACCAAAUUAUGUUGUUACCCUUAAUCAUUAUGCUCUAAAGAGUUUUUCUGUCCUUAAGAAAUAGGCGUAAGGAUGCACACAAUAUAGUGUAACCGUUUAGAGCUAUUGACCUUUUAAUAAGUCAGAGUGUUUUGUAAUGUGAUUUUCUGUAAAAUUCAUGAAGAUUGUGACGUUCUGAAUUAUGAGAUUAAUUAAAAAUGUGAUAGUUGUGAUAUCUGA